AUUUUAGCCGAGGCCGCUACGUACUUUCCUUUCAUUUAUCCGUCUCUCCCUCUCAGCUUCCUGUUAUUAGCAGCCCACUACCUGCAUAGCCACAUUCAUCCCUCCACCUGCUUUCUGUUCGCUCCUCUCCGUCACAUAUCAUCAGUGUGUGCUUUCACUAUAUGUUCCCUUGUCCUGCGCUCACCUGGGUGUGUGCAGGAUAAAGCAUUGCAGUGCUACAGGGUGGAUAAAUCCCUCUGGGGAAAGGUGAUGAGUCAGGUAGAUCCUCAUGUGUGUGAAAGGGACUCUCAUGCGUAACGACAGAGGGAAACACAGACCUCGCUGUGACCGUGUGCAGCGAGCGAGCAGUCGGAUGUACAGUAUCCUCUGCUUCUGAAGAGUUCAACGUGCACAUCACAUCUCGGCUCCUCAACUGCUUUCCUGUUCUCUGUGCCCUCUGGUCACCACCACUCAUGCAUCUUUGCUUCUUUGGCUUUUUGCGGCGCCUCACAUAUUUCUCUGUCGCUUUCCAACUGCGUCGCCAUGGACAUCGGCGGCCCGGCGACGGCGUUGGCCAACUCUGCCUACAUCUCAGCCCGCGGCACUUCGGAAGGCCCCGGCAACCCCGACUCCAACCGAGAGCGUAAGUACCACUCCCUUCUGAAGCUGCCUCACAUCUCAGUGUGUGAAGGCCUGCGGGAGACUUUGGAUUUGGGCUUCCACACAGUCUGUGUGGAGCAGCCCAUCGGCAAACGUCUCUUCCAGGAGUUCCUGGACUCCAACAAAGACUAUGGAGGCGCCUGCCGCCUGUGGAAGGAUGUUGAAGAAUACAACAUGGCCGAGGACGAGGGUCGCGCCGAGAAAGCGGGCAAGAUCUUGUCCCAGUACAUGGAGCCCGACGCCAAGUAUUUCUGCCCCUUCCUGCCAGAAAACGGCAUCACAAAGCUCAGAGGGAAACGCCAAGAGGCCGGGGACGAUCUAUUCAAGGAGACCAUGGACAGUGUGAUGGACUUUCUCCAGGAAGUGCCCUACACGUUCUUCCUGGAGAGCACGUACCUGAAAAGGUUUCUGCAGUGGAAGUGGUUGGAGAUGCAGCCCAUAGGUGAGGAUUGUUUUUUGGAUUUUCGUGUUUUGGGGAAGGGGGGCUUUGGGGAAGUGUCUGCCUGUCAGAUGAAGGCCACGGGGAAACUGUACGCCUGCAAAAAGCUCAAUAAGAAGAGGCUGAAGAAGAGAAAUGGCAACGAGGCGGCGAUGGUGGAGAAGCGGAUCCUGGCUCGAGUCCACAGCAGGUUCAUUGUCUCUUUGGCGUACGCCUUCCAGACAAAAACAGAGUUGUGUCUGGUCAUAACCAUCAUGAACGGAGGCGACCUGAGGUAUCACAUUUAUAACGUGGAUGAGAAGAACCCGGGGUUGGGCGAGCCGAGGGCCUGCUACUACGCUGCUCAGAUCAUUCAGGGCCUGGAGCAUCUCCACCAGAAGAGGAUCAUCUACCGAGACCUCAAACCAGAGAACGUGUUGCUGGAUAAUCAAGGUAACGUGCGUAUCUCUGACCUUGGUCUGGCCGUCGAGCUGGCUGAUGGUCAGUUCAAUAUCAAAGGUUACGCCGGGACUCCAGGGUUCAUGGCUCCUGAGCUGCUGAAGGGAGAACGGUACGACUUCUCCGUCGACUACUUCACUUUGGGGGUCACGCUGUAUGAGUUCAUGGCUGCUAAGGGACCUUUCAGGACCCGAGGAGAAAAGUUGGAGAAUAAGGUGGUGAAGAAGCGUAUUCUGAAGGAUCCAGUUUCGUAUCCACAGCGGUUCAGUGAGAACGCUCGGUCCAUCUGUGAGGGUCUUCUGUCCAAAGAGGUCGACAAGAGGCUCGGCUUCAAGAACGGGACAUGUGACGAGAUCAGGGCGCACGCCUUCUUCAGCGGGAUCAACUGGAGGAAACUCAACGCCGGGAUCGUCGACCCCCCCUUUUUGCCGGACUCCAAGACUGUUUACGCCAAGGACGUCUACGACGUCGGGGGCUUCUCCACGGUUAGAGGCGUGCAGCUCGAAGACAAGGACGAGGAUUUUUUUAAUGAGUUUGCCUCGGGGAGCAUCUCCAUCCCCUGGCAGGAGGAGAUGAUCGAGAUGGGGAUCUACGGCGAGCUCACGCUCUGGGGAGCAGACGGCGCUUCGCCCAAAGACCUUCGGCGGGAAUCGAUCCUGGAGCAGCCGGCCAAGUCUUCCACCUGCGCGCUGUCAUGACACCGCGAUGACCUAAGAAACACCCGGCUGAUAGUGGAAUAUUUUACAUGACUGCGAUCUAAUAGAUAAGGAGAACAUUCAGUGAGACACUUUUAAAGUGAAGCUGCUGCUGCCGCAAGACGUUGUUCAUUAGAGGAUCAUUUAAUGAUCAUUUAGGGGUUAAUGUCAGCUCCACAUGAUGUACGUGCAAAGAACUGAAGAGGGUCAUGAGGCUUCACUGAUGAGGCAAAUAUACAUAAUGUUGGCGUACCUUCGAAAAUAACAGAUGCUAUUGCUUCCCUGGUUGCCACGGCGAUUGGAGCACCAGGGCCAAAGGACUGAAAAGAUGUUUGGAUUGAGAGUAGAUUUUGCACAAAGCUACCGGCCAAACUCCUGUCUCAGAUUUUAAAACCAUCGGCAAAAUAUCAUUGUCAUGACAGAGAGGAGACUCUGCUAAACGCAUUGACGUUUGAGACUAUUAGGGCACCUGAAAUGCUCUUAUUAUUUAGGAUUUAUAGGUGGUACACACACAUGCUCUUUGUACGCUGUCAGGGAUUUUAUUGAAAGCUUUACAUUGCUUUCUGACCCAAAACCUUUAAACAUGUGAGUAUGACAAAGGAUUUCAUUCAUAUCAACUCUGACAUGAUCUCAGCACGGAAAAAGGACACCGUCUCCCACACGCUCACAGGGAGAAAAAAGAAGA